UAUAUACGUAAUUAUAAAAACCAACAAAAACAAAACUCUAAUGUCGCCGGAAAAAUCUAUUUGGGCUUACUUUAAUCACUUCAUUAUGAGCAAUAUUAGUUAUUUCCUAGAUGAGGUCGAUGGUUAUUUAUAUUACCUCGGUGGUACCUAUGGUGCUAUUACGUUAGCGGGUAUAGCUGCGGCGUCAGUGUAUUAUUAUGCCUCUCGACCCAUCCCAGAAAAACCACUUGUGCCUCUGGAAAAUCAAUCGCCCAUUUUAGAGGGUCCUGAACAAAUACACGUAUCUAAAUUUUAUAAAGAAUCCAAAAAUGGCAAAUUUGUCAGUUACAUCACAGAAAAUGUGCGUACCCUGUAUCAAACAUUUCGUGAAGGUGCCUACGUGUCGAACAACGGACCCUGCUUGGGUUGGCGUGAAACUCUGACAUCGCCAUAUCAAUGGAUAAAUUAUGAUGAAGCUUUGUUACGAGCCAAAAAUUUUGGUGCGGGAAUGUUAGCUUUGGGUGCUCGACCCAAACAACUAAUUGGCAUAUAUUCACAAAAUCGACCGGAAUGGAUAUUGUACGAGCAAGGUUGUUAUUGCUAUUCCCUAGUUGUAGUACCACUUUACGAUACACUUGGACCAGAUGCAUGUGCUUUUAUAAUACGUCAAACAGAAAUGUCAAUUGUCGUUGUAGAAGACGAUCCUAAGGCAAUUAUGUUGCUUGAAAAGGCACCACGAACACUAAAAAUCAUGGUAGCUAUUAAGCCCAUACGUCAGUCAACACUAGAUCGUGCCAGGAGUCAUGGCAUACAAGUGUUAUCAUUUAUUGAUGUAGAAAAAUUGGGUGCUAAAGGUACUCAUCCCGAAUUGCCGCCAAAUGCAGAAGAUUUGUGUACCGUGUGUUAUACUUCAGGUACUACUGGAAACCCUAAGGGUGUCAUGCUUACGCAUGGUAAUAUUGUGGCUGGCGUAUGUGCCGUUAUAUUACAAAUGGGUGAGCAUCGUAUACGUGCUAGUGAUGUAAUGAUAUCGUACCUGCCUUUAGCGCACAUGUUUGAACGCUGCUGUGAGAAUGGCAUGUAUUACGUAGGUGGCUGUGUUGGAUUCUAUUCUGGUAACAUUAAAGAAUUGACCAAUGAUUUGAAAAUGCUGAAACCAACUGUUAUGCCAACCGUUCCCCGCCUGCUAAAUCGCGUUUAUGACAAAAUACAAAAUGAAAUCUCUGCGUCAUCAAUCAAACGUGCCCUCUUCAAUAUGGCAAUGAAGGCUAAACAAAAGGAAAUCGCACGGGGUAUUCUUCGAAGAAAUGGCUGUUGGGAUAAGCUAGUUUUUAAAAAAGUACAUUUAGCUUUUGGAGGCAAUUUACGUUUGAUGGUUGUCGCUUCAGCUCCUUUGGCUGGAAAUGUUUUAACAUUUAUGCGUUGUGCUCUUGGCUGCCUUGUUUUUGAAGGUUAUGGUCAAACAGAGUGUACAGGAGCUAUAACAUUAACCGUACAGGGUGAUUACGUGCCUGAUCAUGUGGGUCCACCUGUAUCUUGUAAUGCAAUUAAGCUUGUGGAUGUUCCAGAAAUGGAAUAUUUCGCUAAUCAAAAUACCGGAGAAGUUUGUGUUCGUGGGUCCAAUGUAUUUCAUGGAUACUACAAAGAUCCAGAAAAAACUGCUGAGGCCAUUGAUACUGAAGGUUGGCAUCAUACUGGCGAUAUCGGUAAAUGGCUACCAAAUGGCACAUUGCGUAUAAUUGAUAGGCGUAAGCAUAUUUUCAAACUAAGUCAAGGAGAAUAUAUCGUACCAGAAAAAAUCGAAAAUAUUUACACAUUAAGUCAAUAUGUAAAUCAAGUUUAUGUAUAUGGUGAAAGUCUGAAGAGCUGCAUUAUUGCUGUUGUCGUGCCUGAUGUCGAUGUAUUGAAGCAAUGGGCUAUAGAUAAUAAUGUACGCGGUACACUAUCAGUUUUAUGCAAUAAUCACAAUGUUAAGGAAUUGAUUAUGAACGAUAUGUUAAAUUGGGGAAAACGAAGUGGCUUAAAAUCCUUUGAACAGGUGAAAGAUAUUUAUCUGCAUCCCGAUCUAUUUUCGGUACAAAAUGGACUGCUAACACCAACAUUCAAAUCAAAACGCCCACAGUUGAAAAGUUACUUUAAACCACAACUCGAGGAUAUGUAUAAACAUUUAGAUUAAAAUAAGCUUAAUGUCAAAGAAACUAAAUAAUUUAAUAAAAUUAUUAUA